AUGACUGCAAAAGUGUAUCAGCCAGAUCCUGAGUUUGAGCAACGCGUUAAAAAAGCUACUGAACGUAUAUCUGAAAACAUGCAUAUAGUUGCUAAUGAACCAUCUUUAGCAUUUUAUCGUUUACAAGAGCAUGUAAGGAAAGCUUUACCACCCAUGGUUGAGAAACGUGUUGAAGUACUUGCAUUACAACGUCAAUUACAAGGAAGAUGUUAUGAUGUUGAAUACGCUGUAAGUGCUGUUAAAACUAUGCAAAAGGCAGAUAAAAAUUUUAGUAAUACUAUUGAGUAUCUUAAAAAUGCAAUUCAUUUAAAACAACAAUUGAAAUUUGAAGAACAAAAAAGACAUAAAAAAGACGGACAAAGGGAUUCUAUGUAUAAAAGAUUAUCAGCUCAUAUUACAACCUUAGAUUAUCUACCUGAUGAAAUAUCUGAUGUUUUUUGGAAUUCACAGACAUCUGACAAUUUUUAUGAUACUUAA